UUAUACAUCUGGCUAGUCUCGUCAGCAACCAUGACGUGUCGAGUCGGAAGCGAGCACUUCCGUGUGCACUUGUGAUUGGAAGCCAGCAAUGAGGAAUGAACUACCGAUGUAUACAAGUCGCACACUUAGAGCAAAGGAGCUCUUCUUGUAGUUGGAACUCGAUGUGGUUCUGAAAAAAAAAAACUAAAGAACACAAAGGAGCUCCGUUGCCAGCUAUCGGCGGAUUCGUCCUGGUCGGAAAAUGGACUGCAUCUGUGAAAUACUCCAAGGUUUGCUUUUUUUGGCCAUUGCAGCUGUCAUUUUGUUUUGCAUGGUGGCGCACGUGACGGCCGGCGGGGCCGACCUGACGCGACACGACGAGGAGAAACGCUUCAUCACAGCGGCGGGUUCGGAGGAGCUCUUCCCGAGUCUGCGCGAUCCUCCCUCGGUAGAACUCUCCGUGGUGGUCCCCGCCUACAAUGAGGAGCUUCGCAUGCCCGUGAUGCUAGAUGAAGCCUUGGAGUAUUUGGAGAGCCGGCGGAAACGGCGAGCGUCCUUCGACUACGAGGUGAUCGUGGUGGACGACGGCAGCAAAGACAAAACCACGCAGGUGGCGUUGCGCUACACCGAGAUGUACGGCGCCGAUAAAGUUCGGGUUCUGACGCUGGUGAAGAACCGGGGAAAAGGCGGCGCGGUACGCAUGGGAACGCUGAGCUCCAGAGGGCGCCUCAUCCUGAUGGCAGAUGCCGACGGAGCCACCAAAUUUGCCGACCUUGAAAAAGUGGAAGAGGGCCUAAGACAACUCUCUCCCAAACCGGACAACAUGGCGGUGUCGUGCGGUUCCCGAGCUCACCUGGAGCAGGAAGCGCUGGCGCAGCGCUCGAUGUUCCGCAACUUCCUGAUGCGGGGCUUCCACUUCCUGGUUUGGUUCUUGUGCGUGCGCGGCAUCCGCGACACGCAGUGCGGCUUCAAGAUUUUCACGCGUGAGGCGGCGCUGCGCAUUUUCUCCUCGCUGCACGUGGAACGCUGGGCUUUCGACGUGGAGCUCUUGUACAUCGCGCAGCGCUACAAAAUACCCGUGGCGGAGGUGGCCGUCAACUGGACCGAGAUAGAAGGUUCCAAGCUGGUUCCGUUCUGGAGCUGGCUCCAGAUGGGUCGCGAUCUGGUCUUCAUUCGACUUCGCUACCUGACGGGAGCUUGGAAACUGCGGCCCAUCAAGAGCGACUAGCCGAUCGCAGGAGACGAACGGACAGACCGGUCCGUCGCCAGAGCCGAGAAAGGCCAUUCUCGCGCUCGCUCCUAGCCUAAUCCGCCGCUCCGGCGUUUACCUCAUUGACCUUAACUCAUUGGCUGCCAUUGCCGGCGAAAUACGUCCAAUCGAUUUUGCAGCAAAUGAAUGAUUAGAAAACAACAAAAAAAAGGAACAUUUCAGGUUUUGUUGGAAUGGAUGAAUAAAAAUGUUCAAAACACAA